AUGAGUCGAAGUUUGGCAAAAGAAAAUAUCAUCGUGGCCAUCCUGUUGAGGGGCAGUGGGUAUUUAACAGGAUCUGGGAUAUUUUUUAUGGUGGCUGUGCAUGAUAGAAGUAAGGAAACUCUGAUGCAGUGUCUUAAAGAGUGGAUUGAGCCUGGUAAAACUAUUUUUUCGGAUGGCUGGAAAUCCUACAAGGAUUUAGGAAAAGAAGGUUUUCAACAUUUACUUGUGAAAGAUAGUAUCAAUUUUGUGGAUAGUGAGUCUGGCUGUAAUAUCAAUACGAUAGUGAUUACGUGGCCGCAUGUUAAAAGCGGCAUGAAAUUGGUAUUUCUGCUGUUCGAAGAAGCAUUCGUUCAUGGUUGGAGGUAUUGACACACAUUACUCGUCAUUUAAAAGUUUGGACCCUUCUACAUUCAUAUACAAGAUGUCAGAAAGAAUGGAUGACUGGAACCCACCUGAAUCAUGGAAGAGAAUAACUUGCAUCAUGAUGAUUCGUGCCGGCCAUCAAAAUAAGGAUAUUAUGACUGCUGCCCAAUGCUCCCUGAACACAGUAAAAACAAUCAGGCAGGAACUAGAGACUUGCAAUGGUGACUACGAGAAUGUAACCACCACCAAAAGUCAAAAAUGGUUGUCUGAAAAUUUCUAUGACUUCACCAGUCCAAAUGUUUGGCCUCCAAACUCCCCAGACCUUAACCCCAUGGAUUAUUCUGUAUGGUGCGCAGUUGAAAAAGACACUAAUCGCACUUCCAGUAAUACAAAAGCCCAGUUAAUGGACAAAAUUAAAACAAUUUUGAGGUCCUUACCAGGGAGACUGUAGCAUCAGCUUGUUCGAGGUUUUGAAGCUGUGAUCGAUACUAAUGGUGGUUAUUUUGAGUGAAUCUUGUUGAUAGUAUUGUAAUUUACUCUGCCUCUAAUUUUUUUUUUUUUUUUUUUUUUUUUGUCAAUUCAUUAAAUUUAAUAGAUAAAAAGCGGAUUUUCC